UUACAUCUUUUAUCUCUUCCUUUUUCUCCAUGAAAAUCCAAAAUGUUGGACGAUUUCACAGUGAAUCAGGAAUUCUAAACAACAUAAAGUAAAGGUGGUAUGUAAUGUUAUUAAUCCAUGGACGAAGCAAAUGAUGAUUGUAAUCAAUCUCAAUCCAAGAUGUCCAUUUCAGCUAAAACGCCUCUGUCGGACAUCGCGCAGGCAUUCAAGGAGCUGUGGGAGUUGUUGGAGUCUCAGACCAACCCGAAACUUCCGUUGGACGCGUUCUGCGAAGCAUGUUCUUUAGUUUCGGUUCUGUUCAGCUGCCUCGGCCUCGCCUUCAAAUUCGCCGAGUUGGAGUACGUCGCCAAGGUGCAUCAUCUUGUGGAGGCAUCCAAGAGGUUCGACACCUUAGACGCUGUGCUUGAUCUCGACGUCGCUAACCGCACGGUGAAAACACCAGGAAGCCAUUCGCGUAACCUGUGUCAAGUUCGACAAGGCCUCGACCUCAUCCGCUCUUUAUUCGAAGAGUUCGUAUCGUCCGAGUAUGUUCUGCCCUUCCCUCUUGAUGUUAACACAGAAUUUUGUCUCAUGUCACAGAUUUUGGUUUUCGGUCCCAAAUUGCAGCGAUUACUCUUUGAAGAACGCUGCAUCAGCAGCAUAUGCUCAAGAGUGUGCACGAUACUACACAUGGACCGUCAGCCUUGGACUGGUGAUCGCCUUGGACUGGUCAAGCAAGCCACCGCCGCCUUCCAUUCUACCGGGGGGCCAUGCCACAUCAGCAAGCCACGAGAAGGGAUUCCAAGUUGCAGUCCAUCAAUUCCAUCGAGACUUCCAGCCAAGCCACGCCGUCCCGAACCACUCCCCGUUCCAUUCUCGGCCACAACACAAGAAAAGCAUAAACGAAGUCAAAUUUCCAUUAUCAUUAGCGAUGGGCAUAGGACCCGAAUUCGAUGGGUUCCGACUCGAUUAGAUUAG